AUGGACGCGCCGCUGCCGGACGAGAUCAUCGACCAUAUCCUCCUCGGCCUCCCGCCGUCGGAUCCCGGGAGCCUCGUCCGCGCCGGCCUCGUCUGCAGGGGCUGGCGCCGCCUCCUCUCCGGCCCGGCGUUCCGGCGCCGGUUCCGCGAGCACCACCGCUCCCCGCCCAUGCACGGCCGCGUCCUCUACUACGACGGCGAGUCCGUCCCGCUCGAGGCGCCCGUGCGGGUGGACCUCGUCGUGUCGCACCCCAUCACCGGCGAGGAGCGGAGGCUCACCACGCCGCUGAACCUGCUCGGGUACUGCACCUGGAGCGGGGCGCUGCUCUGCGCGACGCCGGGGUGCGCCCACCUCGACUGCCCGCCCGGAGGCCCCUUCGCCGUAGUGUUCGUCGGCACCGACGAGUCCGAGGAGCACACGCGCGCGUACCACUACUCAUCGGAGUCUGGGAAGUGGAGCAAGGCCGCCUCUGUUGCUCAUCCCACCGACCGUGUGGCCGAAGGCCUUAGCGCUCUUGUGGGGAAUGCAGUCUGCUUCAUCUGGUAG